UGGCCGCCGAGUCCGCGAAGCUGGCACCUUUUCCCUCUUGGGCCGGCAAGAGGAGCGGCGGGGAAGGGCAGCGCGCAGACCGGGGCGCCGAGCCGGCACUUUGGGCGAACAAGUCAAGGGGGGAGCGGGGAGGAGGAGGAGGAGGAGGCGAGGAAGGAGGCGGAGGAGCUGGAAGCGGACGCCGCCGCGAGCGCAGGCAGGGGCGAACGAGGGUGGGCGCCGCAGGAACAUGAACGAGCCCCACACUCCCGAGGCGGCCCAGCUGACGGGCGGCUCUCGCCGCUGAGCCGCCGCCGACAGCCGGAGCCGCGUUGGCGCUGAGAAGGGACAGUACGGCGGCGGUGAAAGGGGCGCGCGUUACCCUCCCGAAGGAAGCGCCGGGACCAUGUGGGUUCCCGAGCGCCUAGCGGGGCUGCUGUGUUUCCUCGUCCUGCUCGUCUCCAUGACGCGGGAAGUCCGCCUGCACCCCAAGUACGAGGCUUUGAUGAAGCACCUGUCGUCGUAUGAGAUAGUGACACCUACGAGAGUGAAUGAAUUUGGAGAAGCUUUUCCUCACACUCACUACUUCAAAAGGAGGAAAAGGAGUAUGGAAGCAGUAAUGGAAUCAAUUCCUUUCAGGACUCAUUACCGCCUCAGUGCCUACGGACAGGUUUUCCAGCUGAAUUUGAGUGCUGAUACAAGUUUCAUUGCUCCUCACUACAUCGAGGUGCAUCUGGGGGCCACAGAGAAGCAGCCCACCACAGAUUUGCAUCACUGCUUCUAUCGUGGACAUGUCAAUGCACAGGAGGCAUAUGCGGCAGUCUUCAGUCUCUGCGGUGGCCUGAUGGGCACGUUUAGAUCCCGUGAUGGUGAAUAUUUUUUGGAACCUUUGGUAAUGGCAGAUGAAGAUGAAUAUGAAGAUGAUCAUAACAAACCACAUCUUAUAUACAGACAUGAAGAAUUUGUGAGAGAUCCUGAUCAGAAUUCCUAUAAACCUUGUGAAACUUCAGAAGAGCCAAAGAAAAGCACUUUAUUCUUUCCAUAUGAAGAAAGCUUGGUGAAAAAAUUAAAUGUUGUUGAAGAGCAUACCGUUCUAGAAUAUGCUUCUAAAAACCUGUCUGUAGAAAAUGAUGUAAACAAUUCACAUUCCCGAAGAAAACGUUUCCUUUCCUAUCCAAGAUAUGUAGAGGUUAUGGUGACAGCUGAUGCCAGAAUGGUUCAGCACCAUGGACGGAACUUGCAGCAUUAUGUGUUAACGUUAAUGUCAAUAGUUGCUACAAUUUACAAAGAUGCAAGUAUAGGAAAUCAAAUAAAUAUCGUGAUUGUAAAAUUAAUUGUAGUUCACAGUGAACAGGAUGGACCAGCUAUCAGUUUUAAUGCAGCUACAACUCUUCGCAAUUUCUGUAUAUGGCAACAAACACAAAACAUUCUGGAUGAUACUCAUCCUUCACAUCAUGAUACUGCUGUUCUUAUCACUAGGGAAGAUAUCUGCAGAGCUAGAGAAAAAUGUGAUACCUUAGGUUUAGCUGAAUUGGGUACAAUGUGUGAUCCACUGCGUAGCUGUUCUAUUAGUGAAGAAAAUGGAUUAAGUGCUGCUUUUACAAUAGCGCAUGAACUCGGGCAUGUGUUUAAUGUUCCUCAUGACGAUAGUUUUAAAUGUAAAGAGGUUGGAAUGAAACAUCAGUAUCAUGUAAUGGCCCCUACUUUAAACUACCAUUCACAUCCAUGGACAUGGUCAAAAUGCAGUCAGAAAUAUAUUACUGAAUUUUUAGACACUGGUUAUGGGGAAUGCCUACUAGAUAUACCAAAUGGAAAAAUCUAUGAUUUUCAGUCUCAGUUGCCUGGUUCCCUGUAUGAUGUAAACAAACAAUGCGAACUUAUGUUUGGUCCUGGGUCACAAAUAUGCCCUUACAUGAAACAGUGCAAACGUUUAUGGUGCACAAGUGCAGAAGGCAUUCACAAAGGUUGCCGUACACAGCACAUGCCGCUGGCUGAUGGUACAGAAUGUGGCCAUGGAAUGCAUUGCCGCCAUGGGAUAUGUGUAAACAAAGAAAUAGAAAAGCUUCCUGUGGAUGGAGAAUGGGGAUCCUGGGGACCUUACAGUCCAUGUAGCAGAACCUGCGGAGGUGGUAUCAAAAGUGCAACCAGACUGUGUAAUCGACCUGAGCCAAAACAUGGAGGAAAAUACUGUGUGGGUCGCAGGAUGAGGUUUCGAUCAUGUAACACUGAUUCAUGUCCAAAAGGCAGAAAAGAUUUUCGAGAACAGCAGUGCUCUGAGUUUGAUGGAAAACAUUUCAACAUCAAUGGACUAACAUCUACUGUACGCUGGAUUCCAAAAUACAGUGGCAUUGCUAUGAAAAAUCACUGUAAGCUUUUUUGUCGAGUUUCUGGCACAACAUCCUACUAUCAGCUGAAAGACAGAGUUAUUGAUGGCACUCCGUGUGGACCAGAUACUCAUGAUCUGUGUGUUCAAGGUUUAUGCAGGCAAGCUGGCUGUGAUCAUGUAUUGAAUUCUAAGGCAAGAAUAGAUAAAUGUGGCAUCUGUGGUGGUGAUAAUUCUUCGUGUAGGACUCUCGCUGGUACUUUCAACAGUGCUCACUACGGGUAUAAUAUUGUAGUAAAAAUUCCUGUUGGAGCAACAAACCUUGAUAUACACCAGUACAGUUAUUCAGGGAGACCAGAAGAUGACAAUUAUCUUGCAUUAUCUGAUACUCAAGGAAAUUUUUUCCUCAAUGGAAAUUUUGUUGUAAGCCUAUCUAAAAAAGAAAUCAGUAUGUAUGGAAUGAAUUUUGAGUACAGUGGUUCGAAUAACACCGUGGAGCGUAUAAACAGUACUGGGCGUCUUGAAGAGGACAUUCUCUUACAGGUGUUGUGUGUAGGAAAUUUGUACAGUCCUGAUGUUCGGUAUUCCUUUAAUAUCCCUGUAGAAGAAGGGAAUGAUCUCUUUACGUGGGACCCAUAUGGGCUUUGGCAAGACUGCAACAAAAUGUGUCAAGGACUUCGCAGAAGGAGGGUGACAUGCAUACGAAGGAGUAAUCACUUGGUGGUGUCUGACCAAAGAUGUGCGCAUGUAACACCUCCCACAGCUGUUACAGAACAAUGCAAUGCGGACUGUGAAUUAAGGUGGCAUAACUUUGGCAAAAGUGAAUGCUCAUCUCCAUGUGGUCCAGGGUAUCGGUCUUUAGACAUCCGUUGUAUGAAGUACUCUGUUUCAAAGGGACUGAGUGUACCAGUGGAUGAUAAAUACUGUGCUGAUCAGCAGAAACCACCAAUGCGAGAAGCCUGUCAUGGAGAUUGUCUUCAAACUAGUUGGCAUUACACAGGAUGGUCAGAGUGUUCUAGGAGUUGUGGACGAGGUACAAGAAUCAGAGAAGCUUUUUGUAUGAACAAUUUUGGCCGUCACCUUGCAGACAGAGAAUGCAACGAACUACCAAAGAUUAUUACUCAAAACUGCAAUGAGUUUCUAUGCCCCCACUGGAUUGUUGGUGAUUGGAGUGAGUGUUCUGUGACAUGUGGGAAGGGAACAAAGCAUCGACAAAUAUGGUGUCAACUAAAUGACGACCAACUAGAAGAUGCUUUCUGCAAUCCAAACUUGUUACCAGAAUCUGUGGGCGAAUGUGAACUUAAUGAAUGUGCAGCUUGGCAAGUGGGACCCUGGGGAGAAUGUUCUGUGACAUGUGGGCAUGGAUACCAUGUGCGUGCAGUAAAAUGUAUUUCUGGCAUUUACGGAGUUAUUAUGGAGAAUGACAGAGAAUGCAGUGUUGCUACACGUCCAAGAGAUAGCCAGGAAUGUGAGAUGCCCUCUUGUCCAGAGAUGAUAAAAAUAUGGCCAACAUCCCUUCCUGCCAUCCUAACUGACAGUGUGGCUCAGUGGAGAUACGGAUCAUGGACUCCAUGUUCUGUAUCAUGUGGGAGAGGAAACCAUGCCCGCUAUGUAAGCUGCCGGGAUGGGCAUGGCAGAGCAGUGGAAGAAUCACUUUGCACACAUUUACCCAGACCAGAAGAACUUUCAAGCUGCUUUAGUCCAUGUGGUGUUUGGCAAGCAGGAAGUUGGUCACCUUGCACAGUUACAUGUGGUAAUGGAAUAGUAACAAGGCAAGUUGUCUGUGUCAACCACCAUCAACAAAUUGAUGAGAAUUACUGUGAUCCCGAAGGCCACCCUGCAAAAGAACAAGAAUGUAGCAUGCCAUCUUGUCAGCCUGUUAACCACCAUAUUACGGAGAUCUAUGAACACCCAAGGCAUCAGGAUUAUCCUCCAAUAUACAAGGUCCAUCACUCACAUGAUAAUGUAAAUUCAAGGAACUAUCACUCUCCUCAAGGGAACCAGUGGAGAACAGGGCCAUGGGGAGCAUGCUCAAGUACUUGCGCUAGUGGAUUUCACCGCCGGGUUGUGGUAUGCCAAGAUGAGGAUGGGCAAAAUGCCAGUUACUGUGAUGAGAGACUGAGGCCACCGGACUUGAGCCACUGUGAUUCUGGUCCCUGUCCAAGAUGGAACUACGGGAAUUGGGGAGAAUGUUCUCAAACAUGUGGCAGUGGAAAAAAGACACGAUUAGUGAUCUGUCAGCUUCCCAAUGGCCAAGUGUUGAAUGAUCAAAACUGUGAAAUAGUAGAAAAACCACCUAAUACAGCACAAUGUAAUACACAUUCAUGUCCUGGUGAAGUUUCAUGGCAUCGUGGACCAUGGAAAUCGUGCUCUGUGUCCUGUGGGAAAGGUUUAAAGGAACGUGAAAUAUACUGCAUUGACAGUGUCCAAAUCAAACUUGGAGAGAACCAGUGCAUACAUUUAAAGAAACCUCGGUCCCACAAAGCUUGCAGAGCUUCCAGAUGUCCUGAAUGGAAGGCCAACAGGUGGAAUGAGUGCUCUGUGACUUGUGGAGAAGGAAUUCAGCAACGGGAUGUUUACUGUAGAUUAAGAGGCAGUGGUCGAGUUAAUGAAGACAUGUGUAAUCAUCUUACCCGACCACCUAGUAAGAGGCUCUGUGAGCUGGUUGCUUGUGAACGGUAUCAGUGGUUGACCGAUGAGUUGCAAGAUUGUUCAUCAUCUUGUCAAAUAAAGGAAGCAAACCGAAAAGUGACAUGUGUGGAUGGAAGUGGGAACCAAGUGAAUGAAAAUCUCUGUGAUCCUUCCACAAAACCUUCAUCCAGCAGAAAAUGCAGGAUGGCUCCCUGUAAAUAUAUUGUGAUUACAGUUGACUCAUCACAGUGUCCAGCUGGUUGUAAUCUGGACUAUCAACAGAAGAUCACAUACUGUGUUGAAGUCCACCACACCUGGAAUAGCCAUGCCUGUAGCCUUCAACCAGUAAUACACCAAGAUUGCCCAACAGAACAGUCACAGUUGACUCAUAAAUGCAACAUUAAAGCGUGUUUACAUGGUGCUGCUUGGAAAGUGGGACAGUGGAGUAAGUGCUCAGUGCCGUGUGGAAUGGGAAUAACAGAAAGAAGAGUGGAAUGCAUAGCCGAAAAUGGCUCAUUCAGUGAUUUGUGUCCUUCCCAUUUGAAACCUGUACCUAGACGGAAGUGCCGUGCAAAAGACUGUGAGAUGAUAACCAGCUGCAAAGAAAUGCGGAUUAUAAAAAAGGUUCAGAAGGAUGGUGAAUAUUUGCUUAACAUUAAAGGGAAAAUGAUAAAGAUCUAUUGCUCAGACAUGUGGCUGGAAAAUCCCAAAGAAUAUUUAACAUUGUCUAAAGGGGAAGCUGAUAAUUUUUCAGAAGUAUAUGGAUACCGGCUGCAGAAUCCAUAUGAAUGUCCCUUCAACGGAACUAGACGUCAAGACUGCAUGUGCAGAAAUGAUUACCCGGCAGCUGGCUACACCAUAUUCAGAAAAAUAAAAAUUGAACUUAGUUCUUUGGAAAUUACCACUACCGACUUCCGCUUUGCCCACACUAUAUUUGGAAAGCCGGUUCCGUUCGCCACAGCUGGAGACUGCUAUAGUGCUGCAAGAUGCCCCCAGGGGCAGUUUGGUAUCAAUUUGGCAGGCACUGGACUGAAGCUGUCCACUACUGCAAAGUGGAUUGCUCAGGGAAAUUAUGCCACUGUUCAGAUACAUAAAUCUCGCGAUGAUACUAAAAUAUAUGGAAGAUGUGGAGGAUUCUGUGGGAAAUGUAUUCCUAAUGGAAACACUGGUCUCCAGCUUCAAUUACAGUAAAAGAUGGAGAGAGAGAGAGAGAGCGAAUAAGAGAGAAGAAAAGUCUUUAAGGAUGACAUUGGAGGUGCUGUUAUAUCAAUUCCAUAAAGUCUAUUUACUUAGAAUUCCUCCUCCUCUUUUGGUGCUAAUACAAAAGGGAUUCAAAUCAAUUGCACCAACAUUUGUUGAAAGGGAAACAUGCACAUAAACUGCCAUUGUCAAUCCUUAGGUUUUUAUAGAGAUACUUACUGGGACCCUAAGAAGUGAGUAAAAGGAAACUGGCAAAAAGGGACUUUCUCUAGUUGACCUUCCUGUUGCGGCCAUUUGCAAACCCUGAAAAAAUUCUCCAGAGGGUUGAGGGUACAGGUGUGUGGCUGCAAUGGAAAGGAACAAAAUUACUGCUUAUUGGUGGAAGCAGCUUGCAAAUCCAGUGGUUUUCACCCAAAGUUGUUUCUGGCCAACUCAAUGGUAUAGGAGGUCCAGGUAGCUACAUGUUUCAAAAAAAUACCAGUUGGGCCAGAAGGAUCACACAGGCACCAUUUUGCACUGCUCCCAGCAAAACCCACUCUGUGAGAUUUCAGUAGCUUCUAGAGCACACUUUUAAGACUGGUUUACACAUUAAAAAGCAAGAUGUAAAUCUAGGUUAAGGUUUGACCUAUCGGGAUCUCCAGUCCUAACAUUGGUAGUUCAUGGCUUGCCUUAUCUCUGACUCAAAGUCCUACACAUUAAAAG